AUGUCGACGGGCGACAUCGCCGGCCUCGAGCACAUCAUGGACUGCUGCCUCCCGGCCUCCCCGGUCUCCCCCGCCGCCCUCCUCUCCGCUGCCACCUCCUCCUCCGACGGCGAGGACCGCAUCAGCGCGCUCCCCGACACCCUCCUGCGCAACGUCGUCUCCCGCCUCCCGGUCAAGGACGCCGCGCGCACCGGCGCGCUCUCGCGCCGCUGGCGCGGGCUCUGGCGCGCCACCCCGCUCGCCCUCGACGAUGCCCACCUCCUCCCGUCCCCCGGCCCCGCCGCCGCGUUGGUGUCCCGCGUCCUCGCCUCCCACCCGGGCCCCUUCCGCGCCGUCCGCAUCGCCGAGAUCCCCAUCGACGAGUCCAACAAGGAGGCGCUCCUCCCGGAGUGGCUCCGCCACCUCGCCGACAAGGGCGUGGAGAACCUCACCCUCGUCAACCGCCCCUACUCCUUCGACGAGCCCGUGCAGCUGCCUGCAACCCUCCUCCGCUGCGGGGCGUCGCUCCGCCGCCUCUACCUCGGCGUCUGGCUCUUCCCCUUCACCACCGGCCUCCCGCGCGGCCCCGAUGUCUUCCCCCACCUCCAGGAGCUCGGCCUCUGCCACGGCAAAACGGAGGAGAGCGACCUCGACUACGUGCUCGCCUGCAGCCCCAAGCUGGAGACCCUGGCGCUCAUCUCCAACUACUUCUACCCCGACCGCGUCCGCAUCGGCAGCCGCAGCCUCCGUUGCUUGCUGCUCUGGCAUUCCUUGGCGGACGAGGUCGCCGUCGUGGCCGCCCCAAACCUGCAGCGCCUCAUUAUCUACUGUACGCACCCCACUGAGGAUGACAGGGUCAUCAAGGUCAAGAUAGGCCAUGCUCCCAAGCUCGCCGUGCUCGGCUACUUGGACACGGCCACCCACGAGCUUGAGAUCGGCAACACCAUCAUCAAGGCUGGGGUGACAAAAGUUUGCCCAACCCCAAAUACAGUGGUUCCAAGUGUGAAGGUGUUAGCUCUGAAGGUCCGUUUCAGAGUGCCCAAAGAAAUCAGAACUUUGCUGUGUUUCUUGAGAUGCUUCCCUGGAGUAGAGACCUUACACAUCAUGGCUGUGAGUUUUACCCUGUGUCUCUCUCUCUCUCUCUGUGCAUUCAAAAUCUCCAAUUUUUACUGCUUGCAUUCCAUCGUUGGCUUGCUGAAUUGUGUGCUUUGA